AGUUAGAGUAUCCAAACAGGGCCUAGGCCGGGCGGACACAGCAGAAGGAACGGAACCAUUUGUCCCAUACACCAUUGUACAAUACAGAGUCUGUAUAGUAUAUAUCCCUUGAGCCAGAGCUCAUCCCAGAAUCCUGCCAAGGUACCCCUAUAUAAAAAGCUCGAACAUACCCGCACCAAAAGGACCCGAGACCAGGUGAGGUUCUCUCCCAGCUCGCUCGCUCGCUCGUCGGUGUGGCGUGCACAUCACCCAGCUCCUCCCGUCGUAGCUGCCCGCCUUAUGAGCUAGCAGCAGCUCUCGCCAGCUCGGCGCGGCGGCCGACCGGAAGCGGCCGCGAGGGUGACAGGGAUAGCGGAGGAGCAACGGUCCGGGGAGAGCUAGAGGUUUGACAGAGUGAGAGUUGUCGGUAAUGGAGACCAUACGGUGCUGCAUCGCGUGCAUCCUGCCGUGCGGCGCCCUGGACGUGGUGCGCAUCGUGCACUCCAACGGCCGGGUGGAGGAGAUCAGCGAGCCCGUGCUGGCCGGCGAGAUCAUGAAGGCCUACCCCAAGCACGUCCUCCGGAAGCCGCCCUCCACCUGCCCCGCCGACGGCGGCGGCGGCGGCAUCGUCGUGCAGAAGCCCGUCAUCCUGCCGCCCAAUGCCGAGCUGCAGAAGGGCAAGAUCUACUUCCUCAUGCCGGUCAUGGCCCCGCCGCCGGACAAGGCCGCCGCGAAGCCCAAGGCGCCCGCUGCCGCGUCCACGCCCGCGCCCGCGGCGAGGAGGCGGCGGAGGAGGAAGGAGUCCGGGGAUGCCGCCGCCGGCGUCGGCGGCGAUGGCGGCAACAACGCGGCAGCGGCGUCCCAGAGCGCGGAGGGCGAGAAGGAGCGGCUGCUGGCGAACGAGAGGUACCUGUCGGAGAUCAUGAAGGAGAAGGCGUCGACGGCCAGGGACCGGCGGCGCGGGCGCGUGGCCGUGUGGCGGCCGCACCUCGAGAGCAUCACCGAGGAUGACUUGUAAUCAGACAAGGUGUUUGUUUCACCCUUUUUUUUUCUUUCUGCUUCUUCUUCCUUUCGAUUUUUCUAGUUUAUUACUUCCUCUCCUGUUAAUUCCCUCCCUGCUUGCGCUUCGGCCUCUUUUCAUUUUUUUUGCCCGUCUUUUCCCGGCCCGCCUCCUUUAGAGCGUCCGCUCCCUUUACAGGGUGAAUGAUGCCUUUGUGAAGAUAAAAGAUACAAUUUUUGCUA